AGUUGUCGCUGUUGUUUCCCAGCACCUCUCGCUCGGUUCGUCGUCGCCCGCCCCUACUUGCUUCUUUCCUCCUUUCUUCCUCCUCCUCCUACAGUGGACUCGUGGCUGGCAGCAUCGUCUCCUCUCCUCUCCUCUCUUCUUAUCCUUUUUAACUUCUCCUUAUUGUUGUUGUCGUCCUUCUUCUUCUCCAGUCCACACACACAAAGGCACUCUCUCUUCUUCUCUUUCUACUAGCUGAGUGCCAAGCUUAUGGAAAGAGUGGUAGAGUAAUCAGAAGGAGAUCAGAUAAGGGCAUAGAGAGAGUCAGAGAGAGGUGGAUCUAUAGAUAGCUACUGCUCUGCUGCUGCUAUUAAGUCAGUCUGUGCUACGAUCGAGGAGAUGAUGGGAGCAGCGGUGACCAUGGUGGAUCGGCGCAUGGCGUUCGCGGCGGAGGCCGACGUUGAUAGCAAGGCCGCCUUUGGAUUCUUCGGAGGCGAGUGCUUCGUCGGCGAGGGCGACCUGGUCAACCCGGCGCCGCCGCCGCCGCAGCAGCAGCAGGUGCACGAGGGCGGAUUCGCCGCCGAGGACGAGAGCGACGGCGACGACGACGACGACGACGACGACGACGUGGACGACAUCGAGGAGCUGGAGCGCCGCAUGUGGCGCGACCGCGUCCGGCACAAGCGGCUCAAGGAGCUUCAGCAGAGCCGCGCCGGGAGGGAGAGCCGGGCGGGCGACGCCGGCGGCGGAGGCAGGCAGCAGCGGCAGUCGCAGGAGCAGGCGCGGCGGAAGAAGAUGUCGCGGGCGCAGGACGGGAUCCUCAAGUACAUGCUCAAGAUGAUGGAGGUGUGCAACGCGCAGGGGUUCGUGUACGGCAUCAUCCCGGAGAAGGGGAAGCCGGUGAGCGGCGCCUCCGACAACCUCCGCUCAUGGUGGAAGGAGAAGGUCCGCUUCGACCGCAAUGGCCCGGCCGCCAUCGCCAAGUACCAGGCCGACAACGCCGUGCCGGGGUGCGACGGCGACGCCGGCGGCGCCGCGCCGGCGGGGCCGCACUCCCUGCACGAGCUGCAGGACACCACGCUGGGAUCGCUGCUCUCGGCGCUCAUGCAGCACUGCGACCCGCCGCAGCGCCGCUUCCCGCUGGAGAAGGGCGUGCCGCCGCCGUGGUGGCCGGAGGGGAGCGAGGCGUGGUGGCCCGAGGCCGGCGUGCCCAAGGAGCUCGGCCCGCCGCCGUACAAGAAGCCGCACGACCUCAAGAAGGCGUGGAAGGUCGCCGUGCUCACCGCCGUCAUCAAGCACAUGUCCCCCGACGUCGACAAGGUCCGCCGCCUCGUGCGUCAGUCCAAGUGCCUCCAGGACAAGAUGACCGCCAAGGAGAUCGUCACCUGGCUCGCCGUCCUCAAGCAGGAGGAGGACCUCUAUCUCAAGCUCCAUCCCGGCGCCCUCCCCCCGCCGCUCUCCGCCGCGUCCUUCAACGCCAGCGUCUCCGGCGAGUACGACGUCGAAGGAGUCGACGGCGACGAGGCCGGGAACAACAACCUGCAGAAGGCGCAGAACGACGCGACCGCGUUCAUGGACCUCACCACCACCAUGGAUGCUGCUCUGAGCAACAACAAGUUCCUGAUCAUGCCGCUGAUGAAGGAAGAGGCCAUCGACGUCGACUUCAUCCAGAAGAGGAGCGAGCCGGAGCUGAUGCUGAGCAGCGACAGCCAUGCCCGCGUCUACACCUGCGGCAACGUGCAGUGCCCGCACAGCAACUACGCGCUCGGCUUCCUCGACCGCAACGAACGCAACGCCCAUCAGUACGCCUGCAAGCACAACGCCGCCGCCGCCGCCGCCGAGAGCAAGCCGCCGCCGCCGCACAUCUUCGAGCCACUCGGCAGCUUCGACUUCGACCUCCCCGUCGACGGCCAGAGAUGCCUCGCCGGGCUGAUGACCAUGUACGACAACGACGUCGCCGCCGCCACGCAGAUGCACCACCACCACCAUCAGCAGCAGCAGGCUAAUUUCUUCAUCCGCGACGACGCGCCGUUCGGAGGCGACGUCGCCGCCACGGCGGCGGCGGCGCCGGAGUUCAGGUUCAGUUCAAAUUUCAACGUGACAGGAGGGGGCGCCGUGGACUACGGCGGCGCCAUGCAGCAACCGCCGGCGAAGUACGCCGGAUCCAACUGGUUCUACUGAAACGAAUUCGAAUCGAAUGGGAACCAAAAGAAUCACCACCCCUAGUUCGAUUCGAUCAGUAGCUUGUAGCUGUAGGGGAUUAGAGGAGCUCAUAAGCCUGAUUAAUUUUCAGUGUGCUUGUAAGAAUUAUUGGUUAAUAAUUUUUCAGUGUAGAUCCAUGCUAUGCAAGCUUGCAAAACACAGUUGGCUCUGCAAAACGGUUCACGCCAUCAAACCUCUUUAUGGAAAUUUCCAUGUUUGAUUUUUUUUUUCUU